AUGACGGUUGCAUUUUCUCAUAAAUUACUACCUCCAGCAGAUUGCACUGAUAUAUUUGGAUGUGUUCAACAGUCAGAAGAACCAUCUGGAGAUAUUAUUGAGAUCAAAAAACCAAAGCGUUGCAGAAAUUGCAAAUGUUUAAUGUUCCCUCUUGAAGAUGGCAAGAGAGAAGAUUGUCCACUCUGCCAUCCUCAAGCAACAUUUGCCAAUAAGACUUUCAAAUUUGAUGUAAAAUCUCGUGAAAGAAAUUUAAUAGUUUUCGUAUUCGAUAUAACAGUUCCAUUAUCUGCAUUAAAUGUGUUGUUAUACGAUCUGUAUAACAAUACAACAGAUAAAGACACAAUAAGUUUAAUAUUAGUUUCAGAUCGAAUUGUUUUUAUUACAAUCGUCAAUGGAUUAGUUGUUUUUGAGACGUAUACCCAUUCUUCAGAAAUUACAACGACAAUUAGUCAUUCUUUUGAUCGCGAAACUCUCAAAAAUGUUGUUAUUCCGUCAAUUUCAUCAGCGUUUGCAUUAAUCCCAGCAAAACUCUUGAACGUAUAUGACUACUACGAUAUAUUCAAAUGCGCAUGUAAAAUCUCAAAUGAAACACCUUUCAAAUUAUUUUUAUUUUCCAACAGACACUGCGAUACUAUAAACGCAGAUGACGCGAAAUACAUCAGUGAAAUGGUCAAAGAGAACGAUUCUAUCAUUCACAUUGGCUGUAUCAAUGAAUUCAAGAGAUUUACUGCUGCAACGAGAAGCGUCUUCGGAAAAGUCUUUUCUGUUACGACAUUACCUAAAUCAGGAUAUUUAUCAAAGCUUGGUGACAAGCAUGUCAAUAAAUUCCGUAUUUUCGCACCUGGAGCUUUCGAAUUUACAAAAGUGACAAAUUCUUCAGGAAAUCUGAGAAUGUCUCCUAAUUUAUCGAAGCUUAAACUAAACGGAUUUACAGGAGGAAGUGUCAGAUUCUCAUUUGACGCCGGAAGAACUGAUUUUAAGAUUCUGAGGUUACUUGAAGAGGUUCGCACUACAUCAGGAACAUUUCUUACACUUCAUACAUUCAAUGUUGCAGAAUCUGUUGAAAAAUUCAGAGAAUCAAUUCAAAAUGAAGUUUAUAAUACUUUAAUUCUCAAAGGUUUUGCUUCAGAUGUUCUUCGUUCAGUCUGGAAUGGCGAUAAGUUCGAUCAGAUUCUUCCAAAUCUCCUUUUGCCGGUAAAAGAUUUAUUAAAGGGUACAUCUUUGCAUAAUAUCGGAGCCAAUGAACAAAUUGAUAUUCUCCGCUUGUAUUAUGUCCUUUGCUCUUACGGAAAUACAGAUAUCAAAGCAAGAAUUGUUAAGAUGGAAAAUUCUGAAGCUUUGAUUGUUCCUCCUUCAGUUUUCAUCCUUGAUGAAGAUGGAAAAAGUGAUAAAUAUGAAGAAAUCCUUUCCAAAUUUGAUUGGCCAUUUGAAUUGAAAUUUAUUCAAAACAAAUCAGCAUUUCAGUUUGUUGCUGAAAAGUUUGGACUGAAUAUUGCAGAUAUUUAA